UGCAAAUCAGUUGACGAGUUAUACUCGAAGGAGUAACCACAUCUGAUUUCGUAGUACGUGACGUUCGUCCGAUAAAUAGCGUUAAAAUCAUUGAGGACGAAGCCAAAAAAACGGUUUAGAUUUAAAUAUAAUUUUGUGACUCUGAAUAAGACGGAAAAUUAACAAUGUGACUUUUCUUAGACAGAAAUAAAAUGUCUAAACGUAAAUUAGAAGAGAGCAAUCUUAUCGAGAUGUCCAACAACGAUACGAUUCCAGAACCUAUAAUUUCGACGUCGAGUACAGUCCAAGAGAAACGUCGUCGACGGGUUUGUGAUGUCAUCGACAGCAUUGGAGACCGUGAAAUCAUCACGAAUCAUCCUGGUUUCUCUACUCCCCGACGAAAUAAACCUACGGAACUCGAUAUCCUGAUAUCUCCUGAUCAAGGUUAUGUAGCUACGCCAGAGUCGGCGGAUAUCUUUGUACCGGAUUGGAUGCUAAAACGUUCAGAUGUUAUAGAUGCCUCUCCUCAAGAAGCAAAUUUCAUCCUUUCUGAAGAAUUGAAUGAAAGAUCUACUAGCGGUGGUAUUGUAGCGGUAAUGCCAGUUAUGAUAGAUGCAGAGUGUUACAAUACAAAUCAUAAAAACAGAGGAAAGUGUUUAGUCUUCAAUCAUGAAAUGUUCGACACGGGUUUCGAGAAGAGAGAAGGCUCCAGCGUCGAUGCCAAGAGAAUUCAGAAAACUUUCACGAAUCUUGGCUUCGAAGUUGACGUUUUCGAUAAUUACAAGCACAGCGAAGUUAUCGACAGAGUGGAGAAGCUAAGCCAAGAGAAUCAUUCCGAUAACGAUUGCUUGUGCAUCUUCAUAUUGACACAUGGACUGAACAAUGACCUCAUCUUGGCUAAGGAUGUUGCAUAUAAAUCCGAUAGUAUUUGGAAACCAUUUACAGCCGACAAUUGUCCAACCCUUGCUGGAAAGCCAAAACUAUUUUUCUUUCAGGCUUGUAGAGGCGAUAAACUUGAUGCCGGAGUGACACUGAAGCCGCGGACAUUAUCAGCCACGGAGACAGACGGCGGUGUAGCAUCUUAUAAAAUUCCAACGCAUGCAGACUUUCUCAUAGCUCACAGUUCAGCAGACGGUUUUUACUCAUGGAGAAAUCCAGCGGAAGGCACCUGGUACGUCCAGUCUCUAUGCGACGUACUGGAUACAUACUCCAGCACUACCGAUUUGCUCAAAAUGUUAACGAUAACCGCACGUAAGGUCGCGACGGAAUAUCGAAGUUACAACGACCUCAAUCCAGCUGGGGAUGAUCAGAGGCAAGUCCCCUCAUUGACAUCCAUGUUAAUUAGAGAUCUUUAUCUUAUGCCAAAAUAGCAAGUAGGACAUCGAGAGGAUUGGAAUAUUUGCUAAAAGUGUAUUGAACGGAGAAUGGAUAUAAUCAAGUGUGUGAUAACAUUCAUAAUAGGUAUCCGGAAGCGUGGAUAAAUUGAUUGAGUUACCAGACGGUCUCUUAAAGGGACAAACUGGAUUCUCGAAACUAGCCAAAUAUCAAAGCGAUUCAGUCAUUGAAUAGAAAGCAGUAGGGAUAGUAUUUUUACUGUACGAUGAAAAGUGAUAUCGGUUGAUACCUUUAUACUUAACCUUUCAGGACAUGAAUAUUAAUUUAUACGUUUAAGUUAAUUACGUAUAAGUACAAAUUAGAAUUUUCAGCGCUAUCCAUUAGUCUUGACAAUAGGAAGUCUGUUGUACAGAGUCAUGAUGUGUUAUCGUUAAUUAUUUGUUUUUCUAUUAAUUUUGUACAUUAUAUGCCAAAAGGCUCUGUUAACUAAGAUCAGUCAUUAGCUAUUAAACGAUUAAAAUAAGGUAGUAUGUAAUUUUUA